CAGAAGAGAGACAACAUUGGAAUCCUUGGCUUUGCUUAAUCUGGAGUGUUAUUAUGCAUCUAGCCAUACUAUUGCUCUUCACCUUUUUUAGAGAAAUUAGUGCCCAGUUCCCCCGGCAGUGUGCUACAGUCACAGCACUGACAAGUGGUGAAUGUUGCCCAGACCUGCUUUCAGUGGUAGUACCUGGUUCAGACCGCUGUGGAUCAUCUACUGGAAGGGGUCAAUGUGUCCAAGUGAUGGCAGACACACGACCCCAUGGACCUCAGUACAUGCAUGAUGGCCGAGACGACCGUGAGCAGUGGCCUUUACGCUUCUUCAACCGAACCUGCCAAUGCAACAGAAAUUUUGCAGGUUAUAACUGUGGAUCCUGCCGACCGGGCUGGACUGGACCUGUGUGUGAUCAGCCGAUUCAGAUAGUCAGAAGAAACAUUCUGGAUCUCAGCAACGAUGAAAGGAAUCGAUUCCUAAGAAUCCUGCAACAAGCCAAGAGCACAGUGCAUCCUGACAUUGUAAUUGCCAUCCGGAGACGGGAAGAGAUACUAGGCCCUGAUGGCAAUACACCACAGUUUGAAAAUAUAACCAUCUAUAACUACUUUGUGUGGUCCCAUUACUACUCUGUCAAAAAGACAUUCCUUGGCCCAGGGCAGCUGAGUUUUGGUGGAAUUGAUUUCUCCCAUGAAGGGCCAGCAUUUCUCACUUGGCACAGAUACCAUCUGAUACAGCUAGAAAAAGACAUUCAGGACAUGAUACGGGAUGCUUCUUUUGCACUUCCCUACUGGAACUUUGCAACAGGUAGAAACACUUGUGACAUCUGCACAGAUGAACUCAUGGGAGCUAGAAGCAACUUUGAUGCCAAUCUAAUAAGCCAAAACUCUGCCUUCUCUCAGUGGCGUGUUUUGUGUGAGAGUGUUGAUGACUAUGACACCUUGGGAACCGUAUGCAACAGCACAGAAGGUGGUCCAAUUAGACGAAACCCUGCUGGAAAUGUUGCCCGGCCAAUGGUGCAGCGCCUUCCUGAGCCACAGGAUGUUGCUCUUUGCUUAGAAGUCGGACUAUUUGAUACGCCGCCAUUCUAUUCAAAUUCAACAGACAGUUUUCGUAAUUCGUUGGAAGGCUACAGCCAUCCUUCUGGAAAGUACGAUCCAGUGGUACGCAGUCUUCAUAACCUGGCCCAUCUGUUUUUGAAUGGCACGGGAGGGCAAACCCAUCUGUCUCCAAAUGAUCCCAUUUUUGUUCUCCUGCACACCUUUACUGAUGCUCUCUUUGAUGAAUGGCUAAGGAGGCACAAUGCUGAUAUUUCAAUAUACCCUCUAGAGAAUGCCCCCAUUGGGCAUAACAGGCAGUACAACAUGGUACCUUUCUGGCCUCCAGUGACCAACAAUGAGAUGUUUGUUACAGCACCAGAAAAUCUAGGUUACAGUUAUGAAGUUCAAUGGCCAGCUCGGGCUCUCCACAUCACUGAGAUCAUAACUAUUGCAAUUGUGACAGCCUUGAUCCUGGUUGCAAUUAUAUUUGCUGUUGCCACGUGUAUAGUUCAUGCCAGACGGAGGGAUGAUGACCUUCAUCAGCCUCUUCUCAAUGACCAAUAUCAGGCCUAUUCAGAUGAUUAUGACAGCAUACCAACCCCAAGCCAGUCAGUUGUGUGAAACAGCAGCUGCUUGUACACCUUCUCUAGUGCCUGCUCUUUCUGGUCUAUCUGACAAUAAAAGAUAUUAAGAGUGACAAAUUUUGCUAGCUUUCCUAAUACCAUGGAAAUCUCAAGAGAUUUGUACCUGUAACAUGUUUUCUUUGUUCUUCAGAAUUCCCACUGGCUCCACUUGCUUCAUUUCCAUUCAUAAAAUGAAAUAAAUGACUGGCAUUUCUCCAGGCUGUUAAGGGUCUACUAGCAACCAUUUAACAAUG